UCAGGCCGUCCUCUCUUUCCCCCCACUCUCUCUGGUCCACUCUGUACCUCCCUGAGUGCCAGCACUCUUUCUGGAUCUCUCUUUCCCCACAGCUGAAUGUUCUGGAGUCUGGAGGAGUCUUUAAGUUGUGGUGAAGAAGCACAGGAGGAGUAGAAGAAGGAGAUACUGCUGAGUGACAGAGAUCUUUAAAAAAAAGAAGAAGAAGAAAGGAUUUAAGGGUGCUGAUUUAGAGAGAAUGGCUUUACUGUGUUAUAACAGAGGCUGUGGGGACCGGUACGAUGAAGACAAAAACGCAGACGAUGCGUGUCGUUAUCACCCAGGAAUACCCAUCUUUCAUGAUGCACUGAAGGGCUGGUCCUGCUGUAAAAAGAGAACUACAGACUUCUCUGAGUUUCUCUCCAUCCAGGGUUGUGCUCGUGGGCGGCAUAGUAAUGUAAAGCCAGAGGAGCCGCUGAGGCCGGAGGUGACGUCUGAUAAAGGAGAGCAGAAACAACACAGCGGUAAUGAGAUAAUCUACCAGGGCCCUAAAUCUGCUGAAAAACUGCAGAAGGAGAGACCCAGCUCAGAUGAGCCCAAAUCCAAGCUGAAGGUGAAGGUGUCUCCCUCUCUGACUCAGAUCCUGGAGAAAAUGGAAAUCACUGAAAGAGAAAAAAAGCAGCAGAUAGAGAGCAAAGGAGUCAUUGUCGGGACGAAGUGCAAGAACGCUGGAUGCAAAACACUUUACCAGGGUCCAGAGACAGACGCUGAGAUUUGCACACAUCACCCCGGAGCUCCAGUCUUCCAUGAGGGGUACAAAUACUGGAGCUGCUGCUGCAUAAAGACCAUUGACUUCAAUGCUUUUCUGGAUCAGAAGGGCUGCACUGCAGGCAAACACCGCUGGAUCCCAAAACAGGACAAGAAGAAGGUAGCAUGUCGGCAUGACUGGCACCAGACCGGUAACCAGGUGGUGGUCACAAUCUACGCCAAGAACGCCAGCCCUGAGAAUUCCUACGUGGAGGCGAACCGCACAGUGCUGACAUGCCACAUUCAGUUCGAGACUGACAAGGUGUUUCACAAGGACAUCCACCUGUGGGGGGUAGUUGAUGUGAAAAGCAGUUUGGUGAACAUGGUGCCGUCUAAAGUGGAGGUGACCCUGAAGAAGAUGGACCUGGUGGCCUGGGGGAAGCUGGAGGACCCUCACCACAAACCUGAGCCAGAGGUGACAGACAACGCCGCCACAGAGGAACCAGACCAGAAGCCGGACUGGUACAUCUCAGACGAUGACAUCAGCGAGUCUGACUGGGAGGAUUCGGAUGAUGAGGAGGAGAAGAAGAAGGAUAAAAAUGAGAGUGAAAAGAAGAGCGAGAAGCAAACAGAGGAGGAGAAGAGCGAGGAGAAAAACGAGCAGAAGAUUGAGAAGGAGAUCGAGCAGAAGAUUGAGGAGAUAAUUGAGGAGAAGAGCGAGAAGAAGCAGAUAAAUGAUCCAGAGGAAAGCGACAUGCCCGAGCUGGAGGAGGCCAAGGAUGUUCCUCCAGAGAAGGAUAACGGCCCAUUCAUGUCCAAAUAAACAUUUCUGUUUUAUACAACAUAUCAUCCACACUGUCACUGUCAUUAAAACUAAAAAAAUUGUAAAACCUUUUUUUUUUGUUAAAUUUUUCUUACUGCAAUUCUGUGAUACUCUAAUAAUAUCUCACACGAUGAUGCUCUGCGAUAUUUCACAGCAUCUGUGUUACUGAAGAGAAUAAAAUCCUCCAAAAUAAUCAAA